CGUACUCUGUAUCUGCAUAGAUAGAAAAGGGAGGGAUUGGAAACGAACGGCGGUUGCAAUGAUAUCCGUUGAAACACUCCUCGUCUUGUUACGUAAUCACUUUUUGGCGGGAUUGCAACAAAGAUUUUUUCUGACUCUGUUUGUUUGCAGACGUUGUUAGACUUCUGGGUUAGGCCAGUGUCCUUGGCAUUAACUGUAUUCAUACUUGGUAAGUUAGAGCGUCAUUAUAACUCACUUCAGUAGAAUUGAAGCAGAAUAAUAGGCCAGUUUUGUAGGUAGUAAGGUGAUAGCCAAAUUAUGUCUCCCUCUAGCAGAUAUGUAAAGCUGAUUUGCAGUUUGUAAUUGUGUCAAACUGUAUACUUGGGUCCUAGGGUUUUGCGUAAGCAAUACUUUUUGAAUGAUACAAGUGAAACUUUAAUACUAGAUCAAUAAAUAAGUAUUUUUAGGAGUGUUUUUUGUCUCCUUCUUUCAUCUCUAAAAAGGGCUAGUUGAGUAUAUUCUGCUAAUAUACUGUUAGAGGAGUAUUUGAAGUUUUGCAUAGUCUUUGUUUCUUUUUGCAUAGUCUUUGUUUGCACUUACAGAAAUGCCCCGAAAAUUCAGAAUUGCGGUUCACCGCAAGAAUGAAUUUAGGAAGUUGAGAGCAAAGAAACUCUCAUUGCCUAUCGAUAUCAGUGAAUUGAAAGUUAGCAUCCCGAGAAAGAUAUUUGCGGAUGCUCCCUUAUCAACAAUUGCCACCCUCAGGCAGAGGCUAAAGAUUGCCAUUGUGCUUCCUGAAGGAUGGUUGAAUGUAUCGGACUCAGAGGAUAUCCAUAUUUCCAAGCAUGCUCAGUUGGCCGUCAGCAUAGUGAUACACAGUGAUCUUUCUUGGCAUGCUCUUGCCAAUGGUUGCAAAGUACCUAGCAACAAUCCUGAAUUAUCAAUGAAGCAUCAAGUAAUUGCGUCUGUGACUGAUGUACAAGACAUUAUCGACUUCUUGGACUCGUGCACUGUUUGUGUUGGGAAUGACGACACCAAGUAUGCUGCCUUAGUAACUGACAGAAAUGGGACCUUUGUGGAUGUUUCAGGGAAAAAUCGUGUGGCAUUUUACGAUGAUAAGCUCAGCCACGGAACAAUCCGAUGUGAUGGAUGUCAGAUUCUUGUGCCUGUGGAAUCAAACCAGUGCAGUGUAUGCCAUGCCUACAGACAAACACUCAAUCGAAUGUUCCUUCGUUUUGAAGAUUCCACUAGAGACACGUGUACCGAGUUAAACAGGGUUAAUCCUCAGAGUCAUACUAACUAUCGAUACUUGUCAUCACUUGAAAAGGACAAACGAAUGAAAGUUCUACAUCAACAGAGCAGAGUGGCACAACAACAGAUAAAUCGCCUUAAAAAGAAACUCAAAAAGGUAACCCGUAUGCCAGUGACAACAGGUCUCUGUUUUUCUUUUCUGACCCACCCCACCUUAUUAAGACUGUCAGAAACGGCUGGGCUAGCCCUAAGAGAAAAUUGUGGUGCAAAGGGAAAGAUAUUUUAUGGUCUCAACUGAAGCUACUGUAUAUGAAGAAUCGAUCUCAAGAGACCCCUGGCCUAGCAUUGAUACCAAAGCUUAAGUAUGAGCAUGUUGAGUUAUCCAGCUUCUCCAAGAUGCGAGUAGAUCUGGCAGCUCAAGUUCUCAGUAACUCCGUUGCUAAAGCACUACAACUGACGCAGGGAGAUGAAGUUGCUGAGACCAUAACGUUUGUUGACAAGUUCAAUAAGUUGUUCGACACAUUGAAUGUCAGCAGUAUUUCUGUCGGGAAGCUAAAGCGAAACCCAUUCAAAGACCCUUACAGAUCAGCAUCAGACUUUAGGCUAAAGUGGUUGGAAGAGGAAUUCAUCCCAUACUUGGAUGCUUGGGAGAAAAGCGUGGAGGCUAGGGAAGGCUUCACAAAAACCCAAAAAAAAUUGAUGAUGCUCAGCCCUGAGACUAGUAUAGGCCUGAGGAUUACUGUGAGGUCAUUUGUGGAAAUGGUUAAGUAUGUAUUCACGAUACCUGGAGUCACACUGUUCCUCAGCAACAGGUUGUGCCAGGACCCCGUUGAGAAUUUUUUUGGUCAGCAAAGACAGAGGGGUAAAUCGAACGAAAACCCAAAUGUUAGCGAAUUUGCAAAGAACACACAGGCUCUUCGGGUGAUCAACAGCACAUGUGCAACAAUUAGAGGCAACUGCCGAAAGGACAGUAGAAAACGAACAUUGGAACUGGGUGAUGAGAACAAACCCCUUCCCAAAAGAAGGCACAAGCACAAGUAGUAGUAUAAUUAUAGAGUAAUGUUUGUAACUCUGUACAUUCAAUUAAUUUUAUCAUACACAUGUUUAAUUUAA